ACCACAGAAUGCUGCAGCUGGAAAAGGAUAUGGUUGCAGCUGGGAUCAGCUUUCCUGCUCUUGUACGAGACAUUCCAGGUGUGCCGGAAGAGCUGAAGUACACAAGGACAACAGAGUCUGUAGUAGGACCCACGGGCGGAGAGUUGGAGAUUCCUGGUUUUGUCAAGCUUGUUGUACCCCCAGACGUGCUUCAACAAGACACAAUGAUAACCAUCUCGACCGUAGAUGUUGCUGCUAUCCUCAGGGAUCCUGAGAGUCUUAACUGGAUCUCUGGCUACCCCUGGUCCCUGGGUGAGGACGCCUGCCCACGUGAGCUACUGGAACAGGUGCUGUUCUCCCCAGCUGUUGAUGUCAACCUACACGGUGCACAGCUGAGUGGGCCAGUGGAGGUGCAGACGUGGCGACCGCCAGGGUCUGAAGACAUAAGGUGCUUUCUACUGAAGCAUCAUGAUGGAGAAGGCUGGACAGACAUCACAGCUUCAACACAGUACCAAAUAAACCAGAAUGAAAUAUCCAUUUCCUUGCAAAGUUUUAGUCCUGUUGUCACUGGGUGGGCUCCUGCGGAUGCAGUAAUUGCAUCAGUUGAAGAUCGCGUAAGGAGGGUAGUGGACGCUCUAUCAUCAAGAACUUUAGAUUGUCGGUUUGCAGCAUACAUAAAUCCCAGUCCUGACGGUGAUGUGCAGUUCCGUGUUGUCUGUAGAGACCAGCGUGUACAGACAGAUGAGUACCACUCAGGCUUCACCAAGUGUGGAGGCAAUGCAGCGAAUUUCGAUCUUUUCCAUGGGGAUGAACUUGACAUCACUGUUAGUGUCCGUGGAGGCCAGGAAGAUUCUGAGGAGAUGGAACUACGAUCCAAGCUUUGUUGCGACAAAUACGGCCAGAACGUUCAAAUGUGGCUGGACAGACCUAAUGGACGCCUUGUCAAAGGCAAAGUUAGUGUCAAGAAAGUCCAAGUGCCAACAAAUCGGACUGCAUGUCAGUUCAUCUUCAAGGAGGAAGGUGAGAUCUUGCAACGUAACUACACGAGAGACAGCACAACUGAGGAGUCUGACAGCACCCAAACAACACCGAAAGAACUGGUGGAGCCUGUGAGGGGAAAGCUGGCUCUAUCAAGCAUUACAGGUGACAGUGAAACUAGGAGGGUGGAUGUUCUAUCAACAUAUCAACGUCAAGCAGGGCCUGGUGACAGAACUGACUCCAUUGCACUCACUCACGCACUCGAUCAUCUUGCACUUCGUGCGUCAAGCAGACUAGUUUCCAUUGCAAGAGGAUCUGGAAGCAAGCCAGUUGUGCUGCUGAUCAGUGACAAAUAUGGCAGCUCCUACGAUGAUGUCUGCACCACACACAGGCAGAUGGCAGUCAUGCUGGUCUCUCAAGGAGCAGUGAUCUACAGCACUGUCUUAGAUGCCACAGAAGAGGAUAAGAGGGAUGCAACAGCUGAUGGAGUUCGGCUGAUUUUUCCAACAAGAAAGGAGGGAGACAUCAGAGAUCCCUGUCUUGAUUGGCUGACAUACGACCACGAGAGUCGUUAUCCAAGCCUUCCGUCAAAUGUAGACUUCAUUGUCGGCCAUAUUAACACCACAAGCCGUGCAGCAAAGCUGAUCAAGAAGCAACGCCUUCCCGGUGCCAAACUAGUCCAGGUCACUCAUGAGAUCCCAGAAGAAACCAGCCACUACAAGGGUGAUGAGAAGGUCACGAGUAUUGGGGAGGAGAGUGACAGCAUUUUGGAAGACCUACGACAUGCCGAUAUUAUCUUCUCUGUCGGUCCAUUAAUCUAUGACUACUACAGAAAUCAGACAAAAGAACAACAACGGCCACAUCAUGAGUUUCUGCCCAAGCCAUCCGACAUCUUCAGCAAGAUGCAAGUGAACUACGUCAACACAAAAACAAAAGUGGUGCUGUCUAUCGGCAGGGUCAAGGGCGCAGAGAGUUUGAAAGGUUACGAUAUUUCUGGAAAGGCAAUGGGCAUGGUGAUUGAGCAACUACCUAACACCAGGUGGCGAGCCUGUGGUGUCACUCCUGAAGACUUUAAAGAGAGCAAGCAAGUCAUCCAAGCCAACAUGGAGAAGAACAAAUUCAACUUCACCCCCCUAAAAUGCGCCACACAGGAAGAGCUAAGCAGAGAACUGCAGAAAGCUCAUGUUGUCCUGAUGCCGUCACGUGCAGAGCCAUUCGGACAGGUUGGUCUUGAGGCCAUUGCUGCAGGAAUACCAGUUCUGGUUUCCAACAAGUCUGGUCUAGCUUCGUUCUUAAGUAGCCAAGAUCCUGAGUUUGACCGUCCGAUUGUGGACAUCACAGAUGACCAUGAGGCUGCAAGCACACUGGCAAAGCGCAUCAUUAAGAUUCUGAAGGAUGGAAGAAGGGAGUUCCAGGCUGCACAAACUUUGAAGGAGAAACUUCUGGCAUCAAAGUACUGGGAUGAAUCACAUAGGAACUUUCUUGAAGCAUUUGGCCUUUAGGUCUGCUAAACUUCCUUAGUAAGCAUGGAUACCUAGCAACUAACUCAGGGAUAGAGUCUUAGAGCAAUUACAGUGUUCACUUCUGUACAUAAAUGAAAUUCUUUAUGGCAUAUUCACUGUAUAAAAGACUAGGAGCUUUGAGAUGUG